AUGUCCCUCGACGGCGCCCAUCCCGGCGUGCGCGAACGCCAAUGGGGCCUGCAGGCCCGCAUGGAUUCCUCGGUCACCUUUGAAGAAUUCACCUACUGGGCCAAGAUCGAGCGCAAGAUGGAGGAAGAGGAGUAUCGCCGCUACAAGGCGGUCACCUCCGGCCAGAGCUUCAUCCAGUCCAUCAAGGGCUAUUUCACCAGCAACGCCUACGAGGAUGCCAAGGUCCGGCACGACGCCUCCCAUGUUCCCGACCAGGGAGAGGACCAGGUCGCCCAGUGGAGCGAAAAGAAGAACACCGAUCCCGCCGCCGACGAUGAUGGUGCCGCCAGCCCGAUCCCCCCGGACAGCCACGACCUGGACGCCGAGUGGCGACAGGCCGCCAGAGCCAUGCGCAUCGCCGGCUGGGGCAGUAUCUUCUACCUCAUCACCACCGACAUUCUCGGCUGGGGGCAAACCCCCUACGUCUUCUCCAACACCGGCUACGGCCUGGGUGUCGGUAUCUUCCUCCUCAUGGGCCUCGCCGCCGGCGCCUCCGGUUUUAUGAUCUGGCGCACCUUCCUCGCUCUCGACUCCGCCCGCUUCCCCGUCAUCAGCUACGGUGACCCCUUCUUCCGUCUGUUCGGUCGCACCACCGGUCACUUCAUCAAUGGCAUGCAGGCCCUCCAGAUGUUCCUCAGUGUUGCCGUCGUCCUUCUCGGUCAGACCGGUAUCAUCGCCCAGCUCGCCGGCAGCGUCGAUCUCUGUUAUAUCGUCUGCGCCAUCAUCUCCCUCAUUGUCAGCAUGGUCAGUGGUUACAUGCGAUCUCUCAAGCACCUCGGCUGGUUCUGCAAUGCCGCCGUGUGGAUUAACAUUGUUUCCUUCAUCAUUGUUAUCGCUGCCGCCGCCAAGUAUGGGCCUGAUCCCACUGCUGCCGUCGAAAACGGUAUUCUGAACAAGGAGUGGGCCGUGGCCGGGCAUAUGGCGCCCGUCAAGACUUUUGUCGGCACUCCUCCCGCCGAGUAUCAGCCUACCGACACCAACCUGUUUGCUGCCAAGUUCAACGGCAUCAACAGCAUGGUUUACGCCUACUCCGGCGCUAUCAUGUUUGUCGCCUUCUUGUCCGAGAUGCGUCAUCCCAUGGACUUCUGGAAGGCCAUGCUCCUCGCCCAGACUUUUAUUACCGUCGUCUAUAUCUUCUUCGGUGCUAUCAUCUACCACUGGUAUGGACAGUACAGCUACGUUACCAUCACCCAGGUUGUGAAACCCGACAGUCUUCAGGUUCUGAGUAAUGUUCUCUCGCUGGUCACUGGUUGGCUUGCCAUCUUCCUCUACUUCAAUGUUGGUAUGAAGACUGUCUAUCUCGAGGUCGGUCAGGAAAUCUUCAAGCUGCCCCCGAUCACGAGCUCCAAGGGCCGGUAUCUCUGGUGGGCUCUCGGCCCGGUGUACUGGAUCAUCGCCUUCGUCGUGUCCAUGUCCGUUCCGCAAUUCGGCGCCUUCACGAACUUCGUGGGAGGCCUGUUCAGUCUGAACUUCACCUACUCCCUUUCCGGGUUCAUGUACCUCGGGUAUAAGAUCCACGAGGGUGCCCAGCUGCCUGGCGAAGGAUUCGACCCCGCGACCGGCGUGACCACGCGUCACGACAGCGGACUCAAGCGAUGGACCCGUGGAUUCCUCAAGAACUGGUACAUCACCGUGCCGGUCCUGUGCUACGCGGGUGCCGGUCUGGCCACUUCGGGCAUGGGUACCUGGGCCGCCGUCCUGGCCCUCGAGGCAGCCUUUGGCCCCGAUGGCUCCGUCCUCACUUCCUGGACUUGCACCAACCCUUACUAUACCGGCUAG